AUGCUUUCUUCACUUUUCCAGAGCACAAAAACUCAACAAAAGGAAAAAAUCAGACAAUUUAUGGCCUUUACGAAUGCAAGUGAAAAAGUUUCUCAAAAAAAAUUAAAAGAAUUCAAUUGGAAAGUCAAAGUAGCUGUAGACAACUAUUUUAAUAAUCAACCUAGCACCAUCACUUGGAGAGGCUUAUCAACUUCUCAAAAUUUGAGUUCUGGAAUAGAUUUAAGAAAACUUGAAGAUGUAUUUAACAAGUACAUAGUUGACCCUGAAGAUGUUGGUAUGUUGGUCAUGGCUUGGCACCUUAAAGCAGAAAAAAUUGGUGAAUUUAAAUAUGAAGGAUUUAUUGAGGGUUGGUCGAAACUAAGAUGUGAUACACUUCUAAAGAUGCGAGCAGCCAUACCUGGUCUUAGACAAACCCUGAAUGAUGACCUUAAAUUUAAAGAAAUUUAUCAAUUUACUUUUAAAUUUGGAUUAGGAGAAAAUAAAAAAUCGUUGAGCCUUGAUGUAGCAACUGAAUUCUGGAAAUUAUUAUUGGGAGAUCAUUGGCCACUUCUUGAUAUCUGGUUAGAAUUUGUCAAGGAAAAACAUGGUAAAGCAAUCUCAAAAGACACUUGGAAUUUGCUGCUGGAAUUUGCCAGACAAAUCAAUGAGGAUUUAAAUAAUUAUGAUACAGAGGGAGCUUGGCCAGUUCUUAUUGAUGAGAUUAUUCUACAAGUAGAAUGUGUGCUUGGUUCAGGCACAGGUAUAAUUUUGGCAAUCACUAUUAUAUGCUCAUAUUUUGAAAUUUUUGCUAAGGUAAAAGCUGUUGAAGAAAAUCUUGAUGAAUUAUUAUUCUAA